GUAUUAAAAAAAAAGUGGUAACACUAUUUCCGGGUUAAAACGUGAAGGCGCCAGUCGAUUUUUGUAAAAAGUUCAAAGACAAAAGAGUAUUUUUCAAAGAGUAAAGUGUUUUUCUUAACGUCCGAGGUGAAAUGGUGAAGUUAUCCGCGGAGUUAAUCGAGCAGGCUGCUCAGUACACCAACCCGGUGAGAGACAGAGAGCUGGACCUACGAGGUUAUAAAAUCCCAGUUCUGGAAAAUCUGGGCGCUACUCUGGACCAGUUUGACACGGUGGACUUCUCAGACAAUGAGGUGCGGAAAUUGGACGGCUUCCCUCUUCUCAAAAGACUAAAAACGCUGCUAAUGAACAACAACAGGAUCUGUCGUAUAGGAGAGAACUUGGAGCAGUGUCUUCCCAAUCUCCGAGAGCUCAUCCUGACCAACAACAGCAUCCAGGAGCUGGGGGACUUGGAGCCGCUGACCACAGUGAAGACGUUGUCCCUCCUCAGCUUGUUAAGGAACCCAGUGACCAACAAGAAGCACUACAGGCUCUACGUCAUCAACAAAAUGCCACAGAUCCGAGUGCUCGACUUUCAAAAGGUCAAACUUAAAGUGAGUGAGAGGAGGGGGGGCGAUAGUUUUGUUCGCGUCGCCAUUAGAGGCGGCCUUGUUCUCUGUCAAAAAGGACCAGAUGGUCCCUCGUGUCCCCAGGCUUUUGGAACGAUGGCGACUUUGUCUUUAACCGUGUGCUUGUGGUCGCAGGAACGCCAGGAGGCGGAGAAAAUGUUCAAAGGCAAACGCGGUGCUCAGCUGGCAAAGGAUAUUGCCAAGCAAACCAAAACGUUCACGCCGGGCAUGGCGGCACAGCUGGAGAUGAAGAGGGCGGGGCCGUCGCAAGCUGACGUGGAAGCCAUCAAGAACGCCAUCGCUAACGCGUCCUCGCUGGCCGAGGUGGAGCGCUUGAAAGGAAUGCUACAGGCGGGUCAGAUCCCAGGUCGGGACCUCCGACCAGGUGCUGCUGGCAUGGAGGAAGAAGAAGAGGAGGCGGAAGGUGACGCCCCCCCGAUGGACGCUCAGGUGGGCGGGGCCUCUGUGGAGAUGGAAGACAUGGAAGAAGAGCCCCGUGUUAACGGCUCGUAAAAGUCUUUCUGAUCAUGUUUAUUUGUGUUAAAUGUGACUUUUUAUUUUGUGAAAUGACAUUAAAGUUGUUCUUACUUUGUA